CAAACAAGUACUUCCAUUGAAUUUUUGCUGCCAGCACUCGUCCUAAUAAGGGAGGGCUACUUCUAAUCACAUAUUCCUCACGUGAGGCAAAGUACAAUGGUUAUGGCAAAUGCUAGAGCAAUUUUCCUGUUUUUACUUAUUUGUUCCAUCUUGAAGUUUGGAAGUUCAUCAAGAAGAGGAAAGAAAAAGCAUGCGGCAGCUUAUCAUAACUUUGACAAAGUAAAAAAGCAACAGGUUGUUGUUCCGCUCACAAACUUUCCACCCGACAGCUACGUUCAGAACAAUAUAAUGCCGUCACAAAUUCUUCACUUGGACGGGACGAACGAGCUCAGUCCUUUAAAAUCGCCAAGCACUGUAUUUUUAAACGGUGAAAAUGAAGAGGAUCAGACAUACCCCUCAAUAGAUGAUAGCCACCAAACGGAUACCAAUGAUGAACCUUAUCCAGAGUCACCCACUGAGGACAACACCUAUAACACAGCCUACUCGUCUUUGUUCGGGAAUGAGAUGGAAGACUACCACGAUGUUGUCAAUAAUGACGAUAACAACGCGGCCCUUAAGGACAAUAAUGGCCAAGCUACCUAUGAUGAGCAACCUAAUGAAGAAUACGUGAAUGAUGACACUGGAGAAGAACAAAAUCCACCGGUAAGGACCACGUUACCAGAAUUCAACAAUUAUCGGAAUAGUUAUGUGUCAAAUACUGCUAUGCAAGGUGCCCUCAUUCCUACGCUAUCUGGCUUAAUUGCCUCCCGAACAAGAGCAAUAAAAAGAUUAAACUUACUAGGUAAAACACAGCAUACAUCUACUUCGUCAAAGUAUGCGCCAUUGGUGAAACAGAUUCAUGAAACUAGAGAUCGAGGAAGUAAUAAAAUCAGUUCCAGCCCAUUCUCGGAUGGUGACGCAUCCGAAGCAGCUAAGAAAGAUAAUGCAACCCAAACUCAUAACCAUAAUCAGCACGCCAGUACCACUGAUGAGACAAAGGUUAAAGUAGAAGAUAGUGAAAAGGAAGAAUUGCGAUACAAGAGCAUGUUAAAAAGUGCUGAAAUGGCAGCAAAUCUAGCCGAUGCCGCAAAGACUCUGACAAACCUGGUCAAAAAGUUGACAGCGCAAGAUACAAAGAUCAGUCAAAAACAAGAGGAGGAGCAUGCGAAACUGACACAGAACAAUGAAGACAGCUACGAGAAUGGUGGGCAAUGGUCAGAAUGGUCUGAGUGGUCACAUUGUACGACAACGUGUGGUGGAGGGUUAACUUAUUCCAAACGCAGGUGCAUAACUCAUUUUCCUUCAGGUCAUGGACAGAACUGUACCGGCAAGGGUAUUAAGGUUCGGCUUUGUCACGUUAACAGCUGUAAAACCACUGAUGCAAAGAAAGUCAACCUAGAGCGUACGUUGAGUGAGAUGGCAGAGGACAGAAGUCAUAUUUACAAGCCAUCAGUAUCCGGCAUAAAUGGAUGAUACAUUAGCUAUGAUUUAUUCUGGAUUUCUGGUUUUGUCUACAGUUGGACACUUGGCAGUUCCUAAAAUACCACAAAAUUCCUAUAAUUGGCAUAUGUGUUCAUCUGCCCUCUUUUUAGCCUGUAGAUAUUCAAAUAUAUCCUCAUGGGUAAUAUCGAAAAUGGCAUUGCUUAUACACCUUGUUAUGGAGAGAAAACGUAAAUAUACUUUUCUAUGAACAUGAAUGAAAGAAAUUCGAUUUUACAAAGAAGAAAGGGGAAGGCUGGUUGUUUAAACGAAGGUAUUUGGGAACUUACCCAAUACGGCUUCUUGAAAUGUUUUUCACUCAUGUUUGAUGUAUCUCCGAGCUUCAAACUCCAAUGUCGAAAUUUUUUAAAAUGAUCGCAAAAAGAUUAAGGCGAUAGUCAAAUACUAAUUUCAACAUGGAUGACGUACAAAAAUGAAGGCCGUAAAAACAUGAAAUUAUUAUAAUGAUAUCAUUUCAAGUCCUAUCUACUCAGCAUCAGGCCUGUUCAAGUGAAAACUUAAGCCUGAUUUUCACUAGCGACGCAAGCACAAAGGCAAGCAUAACAGCUCUCAUUCACCGUCAAAAACGGCUUCGACGCACGCAUAAACAGAAGCGCAAGCACAGGCUCAAAGAUCAAAAUUUUUCGUUUUUCUUAUAUGCUAAUGCUUGUGCUUGUCGAUGUUCGUUUUCAUUUGGCAUAUAAACCUUAAGCUUGCGUCGCUAAUGAAAACCAAGCUUCACUUAGUAUUACGUAUCAAUUUUCGAACUAGCUCCAGCGCUUUCGUCGAAUUUGUUCUACUUCGGAUGUUUAAGAAAAGGAUAGCCGGGUACUACCGAUGUUUUAAACGAUUCGUUGUUUUAAGUGUUUCUAAUUGCAUACCUUUAUCGAUUUUAGUUUAAAAUUUGUUUGUAUUGUUAUUCGAAGACAAGUCACAAGGGAGAACAGUUUUGUAAGUGGAAACAAUAGA